AGGUGAAGAAGGGCUCCUUGGCGUGUGACAUCACUCCUACUUAGUUGACUUGCAGCUAGAGGCAAGGUUUAGGGUUUGGGGAACAAGUCCAGGAAGCUGCGCCGACUGAUAAGGCCGAAGAAGAAGAAGAAGAAGAAAAAAAAACCCCUAUGUAGCUUGAAAUAAGGCAAUGCUUAGACGCUUAGUUGAGGAUUAGAAACACGACUUGACUUUGACCUGCGGCGGUUUGCGUUGUGUGGCCGCACACGCCCUAACCCGUGGACAUGGCAGCGCUCGGCGGUCUGAAGACCUGGGCGCUCUGGGCUGCCAUCGCCUGUUUGCUCAUGGGUGGAGGUGAAGCUCAGGUCGCUUCCUCUGAGAACCAGACAACCACCACUUCACCCCCCACUCAGUCAACCUCUCAGUCACGCACCACGCAACCCUCACGUGCAAGCAACCAGACCGCCAUCACAGCAUCCAACGAUAAUUCAACAGCUUCAGACACACAGACCAACACAACUGUGCCACCUCCUAUUGGGCCGUGUUCGUACAACGUCACAACGAUCAAGUCAGGCUUCCAGAUUAACGUAGAACCAGUUGACAACGCUACCUACACAAUUACCAUCAAUGAAAACGUCAACGGGUCUCCUGAAAAGACAGAAACAUUGUCCAGUCCAACUUAUUACAUCACAAAUCUGAAGCCCUGCACUGAGUACAUGCUAAAUGUCAUGAUUACAAACAGUACAGAAAAGGUCUGCGGCAGUACAGAUCAACUCACCAAGACGGACCCAGCUCAGAGAAAGGAUAUCAGGGACCUUCCUGCUGAAACCAAACGUGGAUAUGUCUGCUACCAAAGUCAGUGGGACCUCUCCGCUUCAGAACCGUCACUCAGGCCUCAAUCAAAUCCAACCUUUCCCCAAACUGGACCGUUCUGUGUUCAAAUUCCUGACAAGGACUUCUGCUCAGAAACAACAAUAGAAAUCACUCAAGAAACUUGUGGGAAUGCCUCCAUUACCUUGGCCAGAAAUAUAACUGUUGAUUUCAUAGAUGGAACUAAGAUAAAUCAGUCUAAAAACUCCACACAACUGCAUACAGCGAUAACGCCAACGCUUCCUUCAAAUUGUAAAAAUCUCACUGUUGAAUACAUCUGUUCAGAAACCGAUGAGGUUUAUAUCGCCUCCAGACCCCUGUCCGAUCUGAAUCCCUUCACAAACUACAGCUGUACUGGUCGGCUGAUGAACAACAAUAUGUUCAUCCAUAAGACAACUCAACCUGUCUCGAUCGACGCCAUAUGUGAUCUCCAAAUCUAUCCAAGCCUGGAUGAAAUUAGAGAUACUACCGCUGUGCUGAGAUGGAACUCGACCAGUAAAUGUAACCUGUCAAUGAUUAAAAAGCUGUCUUAUUGGUGCAGUUGUGAAGGAGGAGACACAAAGAUUCUGGAGCCUGGCCGUUUGCAUCCCGAAGGAAGAAUGUGUCGUUUUACGAAACUUACACCAUUCAAAGAAUUCAUCUGUACAGUCGAGCCCACCUUUGACGGCAAUGUUAUUCCCAAAUCCACUGUUUCCAUAACAGGAAAAACAAAGCCAGGAAAACCAGAUACUUUUUACACCGUGACCCCGUCACAACCUGACAAUAACGUGAUUGAAGUAAUGAUCAGCUACUCCAAUUCCCAGUUUAAUGGUCCCGAGCCACGUUUCGAAAUACAACUUCUAAUUGCAGACAGUGUUAUCAAGGAAAUUAAGACAGAAAAAGAAUUGAAACAUACAUUCGAUCAUCUGAGCUACUCAACAGAUUACAUUGUGAAGGUGUCUGCUUGCAAUAAAUUCUUCUGUAGCGACCCUUCGAAACACAAAGUUACGACUCGCUACAAUGACAAAGCUCUCAUUGGGUUUCUGAUCUUCCUUAUCAUCCUCACGUCCAUUGCUCUUCUUCUGGUCCUCUACAAGAUCUACAUAUUGAAGCGCAGAAAGUCCCAUGAUAUGAGUGAAAACAUGAUGCUUAUUCCAGCAGGAAAUGAUGAAGAGACCCUGCUGUUAGUUGAACCAAUCGCUGCAGAGAUCCUUCUGGAAACCUACAAGAGAAAACUUGCUGACGAAGGGAGACUUUUCCUGGCUGAGUUUCAGAGCAUUCCCAGGAUUUUUGCCAGGUACACAGUGAAAGAGGCCAAGAAGCCCUGCAAUGUCCCGAAGAAUCGCUACGUGGACAUCCUGCCAUAUGAUUACAACCGCGUCCCACUGGCCACAGGAAACGGAGAGGCAGGAUGCGACUACAUUAACGCCAGCUUCAUUGACGGGUACAAGGAACCAAAGAAGUACAUUGCAGCUCAAGGGCCAAAGGAGGAGACCAUCAGCGACUUCUGGAGGAUGAUCUGGGAGCAGCAGUCCUCUAUUAUUGUCAUGGUGACGCGCUGUGAGGAGGGAAACCGCGUCAAGUGUGCGCAGUACUGGCCGUCUGAAGACAGGGACACGGAGAUCUUUGAGGAGUUCAUAGUGAAACUCACCUCGGAGGACCAAUAUCCCGACUACACCAUCCGCCGUCUGAGUCUGACUAACAAGAGGGAGAAGAACUCGGAGAGGGAAGUGAAUCACAUCCAGUUCAUGAGCUGGCCCGACCACGGCGUCCCGGGGGAGCCGCACCUCCUGCUGAAACUCAGGCGGAGGGUCAAUGCUUUCAACAAUUUCUUCAGCGGCCCCAUCGUUGUUCACUGCAGUGCGGGAGUCGGCAGGACGGGCACCUACAUCGGCAUCGAUGCCAUGAUGGAGGGUCUGGAGGCGGAGGGCAGGAUGGACAUCUACGGUUACAUCGUCCGACUCCGCAGACAGAGGUGUCUCAUGGUUCAAGUAGAGGCCCAGUACAUCCUGAUCCACCAGGCGCUGCUGGAGCACAACCAGUUCGGGGAGACGGAGAUCGCCCUGUCCGAGCUGCACGGCACUCUGAGCACACUCAAGCAGAGCAACGCAGACAGCGAACCCACCUUGAUGGAGGAGGAGUUUGAGAGACUGCCGUCCUUCAAAAGCUGGAGGACUUUCAACACCGGCAUCACAGCAGAGAACAAGAAGAGGAAUCGCUCUUCGUCCGCCGUCCCGUACGACUACAACCGGGUGCGCCUGAAGCUCGACGAGGGGUUCAGUCUAGACAGCGAGCACGACGAGGACGAGGAGGAGUCGUCAGAUGAAGAGGACGAAGACAUAAAAUACAUCAAUGCCUCCCACAUUCAUGGCUACUGGGGGCUGCAUGCCCUGAUUGCUGCACAGACGCCGCUGCCAGACACCGUGGGCGACUUCUGGACCAUGGUUUACCAGAAGAAAGCGUCGGCCAUCGUCAUGCUUUCAGGCGGCAGCGAGGGAGACGAGGACCACGACUCGCUGUACUGGGACGAAGACAAGAAGACCUUUGGGGACAUCGAGGUGGAGGUUCAGAGCACCGACGACUCGCCUGCGGUCAUCACUCGCACCAUGCUGAUCCGUCACGUCAAGAAGACGGAGCGUCGGACGGUCAAACACUUCCAGUUCCUGAAGUGGGACGCCAAGGAGCUGCCGGAGAAACCUAAAGAUUUCGCAGAUAUGAUCAAGGACAUUAAGCGCGACUGCGGCAGCAGCAGAUCACAGAAGAACGUGCCCGUUGUGGUCCACUGCAAUAACGGCUCGACCCGUUCGGGGGUUUUCUGUGCGCUGUGGAACUUGAUAGACAGCGCUGAGACGGAGAAGCUGGUGGACGUCUUCCAAGUGGUCAAAGUUCUGCGCAAGGAGCGGCAGGGCAUGCUCUCCAACUUGGAGCAGUACCAGUUCUUGUACAACGCUCUGGAGAGCACUUUCCCAGUGCAGAACGGGGAAGUGAAACCAGUGCAGGUCGCAGCAGCCGACUCCGUUCAGAUAGUGAGUGAAACCGGAGCUGCAGCUGCAGCAGCGGAGGAGGAAUCCGAGCAGCCAGCCAGCACUACCAGCAGCGACCAGCAGGCGGCGCCAGAGAACAAGGCUGCCGGGGGGGACGGAGGCGAGAAGGAAACAAAAGAGUCCAUGACACCUGACCAGGACAGCAACGGCCCCACUGUCACUCUGGAGGUCUGAGCCUGGGGAGGGCCUUUUAUUUGUGGUAAUAAAUGCUUCUUUGAAAUGCUUUUUAUUUUAUUUUUUGAUUUACCUUAUGAAUGUAAAGACAAACAUUUUAACAUGGUGUGAGUUUGGUGGACAUAUCUCAAGGAAUUUGAUCACACAUUGAUAACACGCUGCAAAAAUAUGAUUUCAUGCCUUUAAGUUAUGAAUAUUCUUUUGAAAUAAAUGUGAAAGGAGGCAGCUUGCAUUCCUUUUUAGUAAAAUUUUACCAGAACUGCUGUAGUCAAACUAACGGCCUUGGAUCCAUUGUAUAGUGACAGACAUCUAAAAGUUUUCAAUAUAAAAUAGAUAAGUUAUUUUGUAACUUAAUCUAAGUUGGUGUUGCAUUUGAUUAAGUUCAUAUGAUGUUGUUUUUUUUCCUAAAUACUGUACACACUUGCCAAAGUUACUUUUAUAUAUAUCUGAUAGAUCUAAAUGAGCUUUUAAGUUCAAAAUUGAUCAUGUAAUGCCUUUUGAUUAAAAUAUAAUUACAAAAUAAUUUAAUUUAUGCAAAGAACUUUAUUUUAUUAUAAUAAUUUCACCUUUAUGAGGCUGGAUUUGUUUUAAACAUACGUACGACUACCAAGUGUUUGUGUGAGUGCAUGUAUAUGAUUGUCAAAGAGACGACAAAAAAACUCAAAUUCAUUGUUUUUCUACUUUGGCUAAUGAAUAAAAAUGAAUUUCUAAAAAUGUAGAAAAAGAAGUAGGCAGUUAUUUUGACAAAGUAAUUCUUCUGAAAUCAGCAGUCACUGUCAAAGGCAAACAGUUACAAAACAUAAGACACACGAGUUUUGGACAUUUAUAGAGUCAGCUGCACUUUUCUGAACAAAGCUGAAAACAACCGGUUCUGUGCCAAAGACUCUAAAUAACCGAGUAUAAAAAGUGUCCUCUAUGUACAAAAAUAUGAAAUACUAAGUGAGGGAAACAUGUGAUCGCCUACACGUUCAGCUGCACACAUUUAACUUCUUUGUGAAAAAAUAAACAACCUAUGAGGACUGAGAAUGAUACAGAGACCUGAACAAGUGUACGACCAACAAGAAUGCAAAGAUAUACACAUGUAAUCGGAGCUGUCAGGAGGAAAAACUCAAAACAACAAACAAAAACAGUCCCAGCGUGUUAUUUAUCCUGCUAAAGCGGCUCCAUGGAGCUACUGUACAGACGUUCACAAUAAACUAUAGGAAUGAUGAACUUUCUAUGCUGCACUGUUGGCUUUGUAGUUUCAGAGCUUCAGGUGGAAAUACUAGAUAGUACUUUGCUUAGAGGGGAGGUCAUGUGACAACACAGUGGGGGUUUUUUAAUUGCAAAUUUCGCAAUUGCGCACCGAAAAUAGUCAUGUUUCAUUGUGAGGUUUUCAAGGGCUGACUAUGAUUUUAAAGAAGGACAGAUUUUACAAUAUAUCCUAUCCAGAGGGUUACUUGGAUUGGGACGACUGCUUCCAAAACUUGUAAAUACAAACGUAAAGUAUCCUCUAAUAUACAUGUAAGUGAUGCUGAAGAGGAAAGUCCUAAUUUUAUAUAAUUUGGAAAAAAAAAAAAAAAAAAAAAAAACAACUCAGAGGUAAAAAUAGCUUCAAGCACAAAAUUUCACACAUUUUUCAAUGGAAACAAAAACGUGCACGUCUGCAGGAAAACAAACGGAUGUCAUCAAGAAAUGUUCACAGUUAGUUAUAGUUACAUUAAGGCUAUUUUUGUAUCAUAAGUGUUCUGAAAUUUGUCCAAUGGAUGAAAAUGUAGCCAAAUAAAAAGUUAAAUCUUAUUUUGGAUUUUCUUUCUUUGCUGUAUUCUGGGGGGGUUGAUGGAUGUAAAGCAGGUAAAACGUCCUUAGCGUCUCGUCGGAAAGCGUCGCACAAACAAAUUAAUCAAAUACUUGGUACUCUUAGUUUGGCUUAGAUACGUGCACCACGUUAGCUGUUUUACUUCUCGUAGUUUUUAAAGUUUCAGCAUCUUUGUGUGAUUUGUGAUCUUCAGAUAACGUUGUGCUUCAGUGCUGAGCCUUCAGCUGAUUUAGCUGCACACGCUCCACUGAAGGACUUCCUGCAAGCAGCAGCUUUACUUUCACUCUGUUCUGAUCAGACUUCAUUUAUCAUUAUUAUUUCUGCCUUUCCAGCUUAACAAGUCAUAUCAAAAUGGACCAUUUAACUUGUUUUUAUGCAUUUCUGUUCAAUAAAACAAGCCGCUAUACCUGAAGCCUAUAAUUUAAGCAUGCAACAGCGUUAAAACCUCUUAUUUUGUACGAUUCUGACACACUGUGCACAAGUCAUGAAUUGGUCAAAGUUACAUUUAAUUUUGAAUAAAAAAACCUUCCAACUGUU